CAUUCUGGGGCAUUGGGAUUCGUCUUUUUUUGCUCCCUCCUGCUUUAGGAGUUCACAAUCUCCAGACAAUAAUGAAAUCUCUUCUGACCACCUAUAAAAUUGACGGUCAGAAUGCUAUGGGCAUUAAUGUCCCAGCUAAAUAUUGUGAUGACGUUGCCGAUCUCGACCAGAACUUCCUCUCUCAGGAUAACGAUGUAGAGAAAGUAAAAAAUGAGCUGAAUCUUCCAGAUCGAAUUUACAACGGAGCUGAGCUGAUUGUAGCCAAACCAAAACAAAUCCCUGGUUCCCAAUUCAACUUACACUCUGAGUACCUGUUGCUGAUAAACUCGAAUUCCAAGACGCUAGCUCACUUGGACCCACUUAUGCAAAACCUCCUGAGUAAAAGUAAAACUGGCUGUGGCAUUUUCUUUACAAAGAAUUCCCCUUGUGUGAAGACCUGCUCAAAACCUGGUGGACGCUAUAGCAUCAUCCCAGCUCUAGAGAUGUUCGAUCAGCACAAGGGUCCGAAAGCUUUUGUUUUUAGCCAGGUUUGGAAGCAUGAUGAGGAUAAACCCGAGUGGGAAGUGAAUCUAAGCGAAAUAAACAAACACAUUCCAGUUUUCCGCUGCGACCGAACAAAUUGCGUUCGCUGUGUAGAGAAUAAUGUAAUUAACAUUAGGUGCAAAAAGAAUUGAUUUUAUUAUCAAUCAUUCUAAGAUAUCCAUCUCCUAAUAUCUAUCAUGAGUCUUCACCUGGCUUCAGAUAAACUUCUGUUUGCUCGUUACUCACACAAUGCUUCGUCUGCAGCAUAAAUAAACUCUUCCUCCUCCUAUCAUUAUCUCAUUCUGAACUUUAUUUCAUUUCAGUAUAUUUGGAAAGCUAUUUUAGAUACUCAUAGCAAUGCAAUUGUAACGGCAACUUCUUCUCUUGAAAUGCUUUAAAUGGAAAAGAUGAAUUGACAAAAAAAUGACAGAAUGUUAUUCUCGCUUGGA